AUGUCAGUUAGCGCGCGUCGGGUGCGAUUUGAGGGUCGGCUCAACAAGGCGGGUGGACGAGUGCGGCGUGUGCGGAGGCGAUGGGUCCUCUUGCUCGAGGCCGCGGUACCACUGGCUCGCGACUCCCGGCUCGCUCUGCUCGGCUACUUGCGGUGGGGGCUACAAGAUGUCGCUGGCGGUGUGCAGAGAUCGUCUGACGGUUCCGACGUGCCGGAGCAGCUUUGCGAUGGCUCCAGCAAACCCACCGAGUCGGUGAUCAGAUGCAACACGCACCCAUGCCCAUUCAAGUGGUACGUUGGGGAGUGGUCGUCAUGCAGCGCUAGCUGUGGUGGCGGUCUUCGCACUCGACGGGUGCUCUGCGCACGGUCAGCUAACGUCACCAGGGCGGACACAUACGAUCCAGCUUCGAAGACGGAACCUGGCUGUGUCUCCCCAGCGCCCAGAUCCUCGCAGCCCUGCAACGAACACGACUGCCCCACCUGGAUGGCUGGAGCUUGGUCCGGCUGCUCAGUUUCGUGUGGCGAAGGCGUGCAAGUUCGCGGGGUCGAAUGCACACCCGCCGGUGGAGGAUGCGACCCAACCACGAGACCAGAGAUAUCUAGGCCAUGCUCUACUGGCAUCAGUUGCCCAGCGUUCAGGGAAGCUGAUGAGUCAGAGGACGACAUUGAAGAUUUGCUACCAGGCGUAGUAUACCAUACGCAGCCACUGAUUCAGCCGUACCCACCACCUCAGGCCAAAGCUGAACGGCUGAUUGGGGAACCCGACGUGCCUGUAGAAGCCACUUAUAUCAAAGACGACGACUGGGGCCCAUGCAGUGCUACGUGCGGCGAAGGAUGGAGAAAGAAGGAGGUCCAUUGCAAGAUUUUUUUAGAAUUCAGCAGAACUAUAGCUAAAUUGCCAGACAGUAAAUGCAUGGGUCCGAAGCCGACGGAGGAAACGGAAAGAUGUGUGAUGGAGCCAUGUUCAAUGGCCUACGGCACUUCAUUCGGCGACUCGAGCAUUCCCUCAUAUGGAGGUGGAGAUAGG